CCACCAACGAUAUGAUAGUAGACUUUCAAUCUGACUGGAGAACAACCAAGUCCGUGCUAGAUGGCGGGCAUAGGCUUGCCAAGCAAUUGCGGUCACUGGAAUUUGCGAAGCGAUUUGAGAUGAUAAACGAAGUUUGGAUUGAAAUGCUUUCUCAUGCUGCAGCCCAUUGUCCAUGGAAAGAACAUGCUCAACAACUGAGAAGAGGUGGAGAGUUGCUCACUCAUGAGGUGAAAGAACUUAAAAGAGUGGUGGCAAAUAAAGAGAUAGAGCUUGUUGUUGUCGAUC